AUGGAGGACGCGCACGGCCAGCGGCCCCAUCGAGCCGCGGUGUCCAACGAGAUAGAAUCGACCCAUCUGCGGCCCGUGGGGAAAGUUAAGUGUUCUGAACUUCGUACGAAGGAUAAGAAGGAGCUCUUCAAACAACUUGAAGAGUUAAAGACAGAAUUAACAAAUCUUCGAGUUGCUAAAGUCACUGGUGGUGUAGCCUCAAAACUGUCCAAAAUACGUGUUGUACGUAAGGCAAUUGCACGAGUUUACAUUGUGUACCACCAAAAAAUGAAGGUUAAUCUUCGUAACCAUUAUAAGAACAAAAAGUACAAGCCUCUAGACCUUAGGCCCAAGAAGACCCGUGCUAUGCGUAAGGCUCUUACAAAACACGAAGCCAAGUUAAAAACAAGGAAAGAAAUUAGAAAGAAGUCUCUUUUCCCUCCUAGAGUUUACGCUGUUAAGGCUUAA